UUGAUACAGUGUAGCAGUAAAUCAGGGAGACCUUACUGUGUAGAAAUUUGUAACACUGUUGCAAGUAUUUUUGGAGACUGAACGAGGCUAGCGAGAUCACAGCGGUUUCCUAUUUGGGGAAGAGUUGAGUUGUUGAGCCAGGACUACAACGGAUCGUAAAGAGGCACCGUUUAGAUUGAAUUAAAAAUAUAUAUAGGUAUAUAUCACGCUGGAAAUGUCCGAAAACAAGCCAAAUGAUGAUCCGAAGUUGUCAACGACGGACAGGGUGGUGAAAUCUGUGCCUUUCCCACCCAGCCACCGGCUGACGGCCAAAGAGGUGUUCGACAGCGAGGGCAAGCCCAAGGUGGACCUGCUGAAGGCCCACCUGACCAAGGAAGGCCGCGUGGAGGAGAGUGUGGCACUCCGGCUCAUCAGCGAGGGGGCCGCCAUCCUGCGGUCCGAGAAGAACCUGCUGGACAUCGAGGCGCCUGUCACAGUGUGUGGAGACAUCCAUGGACAGUUCUUUGACCUGAUGAAGCUCUUUGAGGUGGGGGGGUCACCAGCCAGCACACGCUACCUUUUUUUAGGUGAUUAUGUCGACAGAGGGUAUUUCAGUAUUGAAUGUGUGCUGUACUUAUGGGCCUUAAAAAUCCUUUAUCCCAAAACACUGUUUUUGCUCCGGGGGAACCAUGAAUGUAGACACUUAACAGAAUAUUUCACAUUUAAGCAGGAAUGUAGAAUUAAGUAUUCGGAGAGGGUGUACGACGCCUGCAUGGAUGCCUUCGACUGCCUUCCCCUGGCCGCCCUCAUGAACCAGCAGUUCCUGUGUGUACACGGAGGGCUGUCCCCUGAAAUAACAAACCUCGACGACAUCAGAAAAUUAGACAGGUUCAAAGAGCCCCCGGCGUACGGGCCCAUGUGCGACCUCCUGUGGUCGGACCCUCUGGAGGACUUUGGCAACGAGAAGACCCAGGAACACUUCACACACAACACAGUGCGCGGCUGCUCUUACUUCUACAGUUAUCCCGCAGUCUGCGACUUCCUACAGCACAAUAACUUGUUAUCGGUGAUCCGGGCCCACGAAGCACAGGAUGCUGGAUAUCGCAUGUACAGGAAGAGCCAAACCACAGGGUUCCCCUCACUAAUCACAAUCUUCUCAGCGCCCAACUACCUAGACGUGUAUAAUAACAAAGCUGCAGUAUUGAAAUAUGAGAACAACGUUAUGAAUAUCCGACAGUUCAACUGCUCGCCCCACCCCUACUGGCUGCCCAAUUUCAUGGACGUCUUCACCUGGUCCUUGCCUUUCGUUGGGGAGAAAGUGACUGAGAUGCUAGUCAAUGUUUUAAGCAUCUGCUCCAAUGACGAGCUCAUGACCGACGAAGAGAUUGAUGGACAGCUAAUAUAUGCCCCAAAGAAAGGUGCCACCGCCUCCGCACGCAAAGAGGUGAUCCGAAACAAGAUCCGAGCCAUCGGUAAGAUGGCCAGGGUGUUUUCUGUCCUCAGAGAGGAGAGCGAGAGCGUCCUGACACUGAAGGGUCUCACCCCCACGGGGAUGCUGCCCAGUGGAGUGCUGUCGGGAGGAAAGGAGAAGCUUCAGAAUGCUACUAUUGAGGCUAUUGAGGCAGAUGAAGCCAUCAAAGGCUUCUCACCCCAGCACAGGAUCACCAGCUUCGAGGAGGCCAAGGGGCUGGACCGCAUCAAUGAGAGGAUGCCGCCGCGGCGCGAUGCCAUGCCCUCGGACGCCAGCCUCAACUCCCUCAACAAGGCCCUGUCCUCGGAGACCAACGGCACCGACAGCAAGGGCGGCAGCAGCAGCAACAUCCAGUGAUGGCCCCCCCUUGCGUGGCCUGCGGGGUGCAGGUGGGGGGCCGUCCCGGGGGAGAGCCAGGGCGCCCUUGCCUGCUCCACCCGCUAGCUUGCCACAGGGUUGAGGCUUAUUGAGGGAUCCGGUUUUGCAGGAUCGAAAAAAAGGUGUAGAAAAAAAGGGAGGGACGAGAGUGUGACGUGCAGAGAAUGAUAUCAAACCAUACAUUUGGUGGCGUGUCACUUCCUAGUCUAUGGGUAUGCCUUUAAAAAAAUAUAUGCUUGUAGAAACAUGAGAAGUUAUUGCUGGUUAACUCUUUUAUGAAUCAUUGGGGAUGUACUUGAUUAUUGCAUUGGGAGACAGAACUUAAAGGGUAUGUUUUGAAAGGCCUUUGCUCAAUUACUGGAUAUGAAAAAUUUUGUCUAACUUCUUACUAACUCUUAUACGUUUACAAAAUACAGCACUAAAAAUGGACAGUACAUUUAAAAAAGUUUUUAACAUAUAAGGGUGUACAAACUAAAUGAGGACUAUUUAUUGAUAACUUUUUUUUUUGCUACUCUUAUCAUGAAAAUAGCUCUAAAAUAAAUUAGGCAGUCUUAAAAGAAUGUUGCAACAUUGUUAAAAUGCCAAAAAAGGAAAGUUUUAUGGUUUUGUACAGGUUAUGCUUACCUCAGGUUUAAGUGGUGUGUGCGCUGGCCCUACUUUCUGUAUAAUGGCUAAUUAACUUGGCAAUGAAUACCUUUUUUUCCUUGGAGUUUAAUAACUGGAAUUACAUUUAUCAUUUGCAGAUUUUACUUUGUUUUUUUUUUUGUUUUAUUUUUUGUUUGUUUUUUGGGAGAUAGAAUUAUUGGUUGGUUGUGGCUUGCUGGAAUUCUGUAUUGAUGAGUGGUAACUUUUUUCAUUUAAAUAUAGUGAGCAAAAAACACGAUUCAGUGAGAAAGCAUCUAUAUUCUGUAAAAAAGAGGAAUAACUACAAGAAUCUGCCUAUGCAUGUUUUAUAAAAGUAAAGAAAUGAAAUAAUAAAUAAAUGAAUUAAAUUAACAUGGCUGCAGAAUCCCUCCGGGGACUGUAGUGUGCUUUGUGGAUAUUUACUGGAAAUGUAUACUGGCAUUCUUUAAACUCACUCCAUGAGACUGCUUCAUGCCUUCUUUUGUAAUUAAACCAUUGAACUAUUGAAAACGAAAGAGGAUUCAUAAUAUUUUUAGCAUAAGCUUGUAAGUGCACAUGUAGUCCGAUUUAGCAUGUUUAGCAAUUCUCGUGAGAUAAGUUUGUGGUUACAUGUUGAACUCAAAAUGCAUGAUAGCUGUUAGUGUCAUAAUGGUUUUAGUCAUUUUCGUUCUGUUUUGUAACGUGCCACAAAAAAGUGUAAGUUUAUUAUUACUAUGAUUACUAUAUUAUUAUUUGGAACUCGUUUGCUUUGUAUAUCAGUUGCGGAGUUGUUAAUGCUCCAUACUUUAAGAUAUAACAGAAGAAAAACUCCAUUGAUCUUUUUUAACAACUGUUUAAGUGCCCAAGUAAUUCACUACAACAUGAAGCCUUGCUUUUGUAAUUUGACUUCUAAACUGUUGGCAGACAAAGCAUGCACUUGCAACAAUGAAAAGU